UCCUCUUCCAGAGCAGCCGGAUCUGUGAGCAGAGGAGACGUUCAGGACAACAACACAGCCGGCAAGCGAGCAGCAGAGAGAGAGAGAGCUGUAAAGGAGAGCGAGAGACUGCUUUAAGAGAGAGGGAGAGAGACUGCUUUAAGAGAGAGGGAGAGAGACUGCUUUAAGAGAGAGGGAGAGAGACUGCUUUAAGAGAGAGGGAGAGAGACUGCUUUAAGAGAGAGGGAGAGAGACUGCCGCACUGAGGGUUGGAGGAGAAAAACAGGAAUACAAAGGAAAGGAGAAAGUCAUUGCUUUCUGCUCAUACACACUGGCUGGGUGGUUUUCUUCCCUGCGCGCCCGUGUGUUUUUCUUAUCCUCGCUCAUAUGUAUCAAGCUCCCAUCCUCCAUCAUCCAUCCACACACGCGCAGACAGAGCAUAGAUACGCUCGCUCACUACACACCCUUUCUGAAGGAGAGAGAGCUGUGGAUGGACCAGUUUUAACAGGGGAUCGCCUGCUACUGAUGAAGAAGCGUUUAUUUUUUUGCACUUUGGCUUCACAGAUUUCCCUGAUUGGAUUUUGAUUAGAGGAGAGGAGGGUUGGGGUUUUGUUUGUUCAUGUGCUGUUUGGCUUGGCGCAGGGCCAACGGCACGGCACAGAGCUUCCCGUCCUUUUCUCUGGGAGUCCAGGGAGACGGUGAGUGACACUGGCUCUGGACAGCCCUCCCCUGGCUGCAGAUCUCAUCUGUUUGGCCUCUUUUGUGUUCGCGGCUCGUGGUUAGCCAAGCCCUCCCUCCCGCACUGAAUUGAGCUAUUGUCUGGAUUUCGGGGUCUCUCACGCUACCCCCAGCCCCGAACCCCCCCACCCCCCAGUGUUCAUUUGUCUCUGGUCACACUGAAGCUGGAGGCUGGAAGCCUGGAUUAAUGGCAGACGGAGGAAGGUAAUGCAUCGCUGGACGCUUCCUCUGCUUUUGGAUCUCUCAAGGAAAAGGAAGGAGACCUUCCCACAGCAUUCAGCCAAGCAGCUAGCUUUACCACGCCUGACCUGGGCAGAGGUGUAGCCCUCCCUCAGGGUGGAUGUGGGGACGGGGGUAUCAACAACCCUCAGGAGGUCAGCCUAGCCCUCCCUCCCUCCCUGCCUCCCCAUGAAGAAGACACAGAGCACCACCCUGCGUCGGGCCUGGCCCAGCUCAGAUUUCUCGGACCGGGCCUCGGAACGCACCCGGUCCCGCAGCGAGAAGGACUACCGCCUCCACAAACACUACCCCCCUCAGUACAUCUGCCAGUCCCCCCGGGGCUACAUGACAUCAGGUGAUGUGUCUCCCAUCAGCAUGUCUCCCAUCAGCCAGUCACAGUUCAUCCCCCUGGGGGAGGUGCUGUGCCUGGCCAUUUCGGCCAUGAACUCCGCCCGCAAGCCUGUCACCCAGGAGGCCCUGACAGAACACCUGGCAACAUGUUUCCCAGGUGUGCCCACGCCGACAGCAGAGAUUCUCCACCACACGCUGAGUAUGCUGGUCCGGGAGAGGAAGAUCUACCCGACACCAGAGGGCUACUUCAUCGUCACGCCCCAGACCUACUUCAUCACGCCCUCUCUCAUCAGGACCAGCUCCAAAUGGUACCACCUGGAUGAGAGGAUACCUGACCGCCAGCAGCAACAACAACAACAGCAACAGUGUACCUCUCCCCUCUCUGGAACCAUCACCCCUUCCACUUCUGGCUGUGUCAGGGACAGGUCCCAUCCUAAGAACCAUGGAGACUCCUAUAAUAGUUACCGUGAUGACCCCCCCAGCCACCACACCACCCUCACCAGGAAGUCCCCUAAGGAGCACCGAGAGGCCUACUCUCCCCACUCCCCUCACUCACCCCACUCCCCUCACACACCCACACAGACCCAGCCCCAGCCUACCUCCACAGAAAAGACCCGGAGCACCCUGAGCUUCCCCUUCAAGUCGGACACCCUGACCAAGCACCGUGAGGGGGGCAGCAGCGGGGAGAAGCAGUCCAAGAAGUUUGGCCUCAAGCUGUUCCGGCUGAGCUUCAAGAAGGACAAGACCAAGCAGCUGACCACCUUCUCGGCCCAGUUCCCCCCGGAGGAGUGGCCUCUGCGGGACGAGGAGACGCCCACGGCCGUGCCGCGCGACGUGGAGAUGGAGAUCAUCAGGCGGAUCAACCCGGACCUGACGGUGGAAAACGUGGCUAGACACACAGCCGUGAUGAAGAGGCUGGAGGAGGAGAGGGCUCAGAGGAGCAAGGCCAGCUCGUCAGCCCAGCACAGCGCACGCAGCAGGAGGAGCCGCGGACACCGCAAGCCCCAAGGUAAGCCGUCACGCUCCCACAGUAAGACCCGCGCCUCCCGGGGAGACCCCUCUGAGGGAUCCAACUUGGACCUGGGGGCUGAGAGGGACUACCGGGCUUACAGCUCCUCCCUGGCUCGCUCGCCACGGGACGCCUCCUUCUCCAUGGAGCGCAGCCGUGCCCGACACCUGGCCCACAGCAACCCAAACAUCAUGGAGUCCCACCUGCCCAUCACCCCAGAGUGGGACGUGUCGGGAGAGCUGGCCAAGAGGAGGACGGAGAUGCCCUUCCCCGAGCCCUCGCACGGGCCGUCCCACUCCAAGGUGCACCGCAGCCACAGCCACACGCAGGAGAGGAAGUCGCGCAAUGAGCGCUCGGACAACAAGGCCAAAGAGCGGUCCCGCUCCAUGGACAACUCCAAAGGGCAUCUCGGGGCCGGGCAGAUUGGGCCCCCGGACUACUUUGAGCGCAACCCUGAUGAGAGGGACAGAGACAGGAGCCGCUACUACACCGAUGACGGGACCUUGAGGGCCUCAGCCCAGGCCUCCCAGUACUCCCACUCGCGGGCCACGCCCCCUGCUGCUAAGUUGGCCACACCCCCUGCUGCUAAGUUAACCCCUGACCCCUGUGGGCCCGACGGAGGGAGAACACUUGAAAAUAACAAAAGUAGAGACCGUUUACCUGCCUACGACAGCCAGAAGGCUUAUUCUCCUAAACACAUGAAUGAGGACUAUUUCCAGUGCAAUGCAUCCACUGAGGCGGUCCUCACUACCCCUAGUCCCUUAGGAAAACCCAAUCACGAUAGCUUACCUAAGGUGAAGGUGGGCUGUUCGUCCGACAGACAGACCCCUCAUCCCCCAGAGUACAAAGAGGACACUACAAAGGGACAGAACGGUGUUAGUUUGCCCAUGCCCUGCCAGAUGCCUGAGCCUUUGCCAAAUGGCCGUUCAGUACAGCACCACAACACCAACUCUGGUAGCAUGGACAGGAGGAAGGACAUCUUCAGCAAAGACACUCUGUUCAAACCUCCGCCCAACACGCUGCCCAGCGGCUACGGGGACGGUAGCUACUCCAGGUCGAGCACGCUGAGGAAGACCCCGGUCAUGUCGUCGGCCGAGGUGCUGGACAGCCAGGAGCACUUUGAGCAGCCGGGCCCCCUGCUAGCUGUGCCCCGGCCCCCCUCCUCUGGCCCCUCAGGGAUGGAGCAGGCUGGCUCGUGCCCGGCCGGGGAAGCCUCCUUCGACUACUACAACGUGUCUGAUGACGACGAGCUGGAGGACGCCGCCUCAGCCAAGCAGGCAGAGCAGGAGCCGAAGUCCCCAGAGGGCUGUGGUGGGGUCGGAGGGGGAGGGGGGGGUACCAUGCAGUGGCUGCUGGAGCGGGAGAAGGAGAGGGACCUCCAGCGCAGGUUUGAGAGGAACCUGACCUUCCCCAACCCCAAGGAGAGUGAGCACAACAACCAGAGCCAGCAGUCAGCCCACUCAGCCAGGCUGGACAGCAUGGACAGCAGUAGUGUUACAGUGGACAGUGGAUUUAACUCUCCACGCACACGAGAGAGUCUGGCCUCAAACACCUCCAGCAUCGUGGAGAGCAACAGACGUCAGAACCUGGCUCUGAGUCCCGGACACCUGGGAAUCGCCACGGGCAAUGGUCCACCUUUCACCUUCCGUACCAUUCCAGAGCCGCCGCCUACCACCCAACCCGAGAAACUCCAGAAACCCUCAAACUGUUUGGCCUCCAUCACCAGUGUGUGACAGUGGCAGGAGAGGGAGAUCAAAUGAAGAGGGAGGUGUUGGGUUUGGAUGAGUACAGCUCCUCCACCUCACUGGUACUGUUAUAGUAUCCAGACUGGCUGACACAACAUACACCACACCAGCCCGUUCAGCGACUGGUAUUACAUUGUCAAUCUGUCAUGCAAUGGUUUUGGAUUAGUUUUCCUCAUCUUCUGUUGGGUAAUAUUUGAAUUUGUGAUACUCACCACUACAUUGUAACACCAUUUCUCACAAGAUUACAUUUAUAAAAAUAUUUAAAAGCAUUGAUCUUUUUCAAUCCCAUUCUAAACCUUGGAAGAAGAAAAAAAACGUCAUUCUACAGGUCCUUUUUUCGUUUUUUGUUUUUACUGAGCAGUUUUUAUUUAUUUCAUGUGACUGAUUUGACUUUGACCUGCCAGUUGAUAUUCUGUCAUUUAUUUUGGUGUCAAAUGUAAAAUUUUCUAAUCUCAGGUCACGCGUAAUUACACUACUACCAUUUUUUUGGCUAUGUGUGGCUGUUGAACUUUUUAAACAUACUCUUUAGCCCCCUCUGCUGGCUCACAUGAGGUUCUGACACAAUGCGAUGCAUACACAGCCCUGCUAGCUAGAUUUUACCUGACCCCUCUGCCAUAUGGCCUACAUAAUGCUAUCAUGAUAAUAUAACAUGUAAUAAACCGUUAUAUUCAGCUCAUGACAACUGAUUUACAGCUGUCCUAACAGAAACCGUUGUUUAGGCUUGUUAAUUGUCUGGCCAUACAUCUAGACAAUUAGCAUACCUGAGUAAUGGUUUGUGUCAUAACUGUGUCAAGUGACAUAAGCAGCUGUCAUUAUGGUUUAUAAUACUAUGACAUUAUUAUGACAGUCUUACGUAGGGUUCAAGUGACAUGUUAUCCUAGUGAUGUUAGGAGUGCAACAUGUCCAGUCCAUCCAACCUCUCUCUGUAGGGUACUAUUGGUGUGCCAGAGUACCCCUCUGUUCCAUGGUACUGAACCCAGCCCUGACGCUGCUGUAAUCUAGAUAACAAAAUCCAAGUGUUUGAACUGGGCUCUUAGAGCUAAUGUUUACAUAGAAUCAGGUCUCUCAGCACAUUUUGGUACAUUGUAAAUACAGAUUAAGGAAAGGCCUCAAUGCCCGACAGGGAUUGAGUUUCUAAGCAGUACUACACGGCAGUCAUGGCCAACAAUGGAGAAACCUAACUUUUCUUUUUAUUGGAUUAAAAAUGUCACACUAUUCCUGGUGCUAUUACCUGUGGUAUUUUCCUGUUGAAUGCAUUCCAUGUUCAAAUUAACAACAAGGGACUUUUGAAUAUGGACAACGUCGAAAACCAUCCCCUUUAUAGAGGCAGAUAAGGUCAGUCCUAUCUCUUUAUAGAGGCAGAUAAGGUCAGUCCUAUCUCUUUAUAGAGGCAGAUAAGGUCAGUCCUAUCUCUUUAUAGAGGCAGAUAAGGUCAGUCCUAUCUCUUUAUAGAGGCAGAUAAGGUCAGUCCUAUCUCUUUAUAGAGGCAGAUAAGGUCAGUCCUCUCUCUUUAUAGAGGCAGAUAAGGUCAGUCCUCUCUCUUUAUAGAGGCAGAUAAGGUCAGUCCUCUCUCUUUAUAGAGGCAGAUAAGGUCAGUCCUAUCUCUUUAUAGAGGCAGAUAAGGUCAGUCCUCUCUCUUUAUAGAGGCAGAUAAGGUCAGUCCUCUCUCUUUAUAGAGGCAGAUAAAGUCCUCUCUCUCCACCCCUCUGAGUUGUUUUCAUAUUUUACCCUAUGUUGUCAGAUUCUAAUACAACUACCUCCACAACAGUAGAGUAGUGGCUCUCCUCUUACAAAUCACUGUCAUCAGCCUGUAUCCUGUGAAUGUCAAUGUAAAAGCCCUAGAAAUGACUCAGAUACAAAGACCAUGUCAAAGUGCUGGACUGACUCUCCUAUUGUUAUUCUCACGACAGCAGAGCUCACCUGUAUGCGCUACUUGACUAUUUAGCCCCUCUCUCUGUCUGAGUUUAUUAGAGGUGUUCUUCUCACGCAAUUCUCACUUUUUGACUCUCACUUCCCCCAACAGAAAUGUAAUAAUUUCUGUGCGGUUUGAUUAGAAGGGGGGGGGGGGGG